AGUGCUGUCUUUCCCAGGAGCUGUCCCUUCAGCUGCCUCGGGAGGGCCUUUUGGCCUCUGGACCCACACUCUGGUUCCAUUCUUAGCACUGCUGGAUCCAAACCCUUUAUCUCCACCAACAGCAGUGAUUUGAGGUGGAUCUCCUUUUCCCCAAUUGUUUUAAAAACUGACAAUAUCAAUAAUUGUGCUACCCUGUCAUGGGUUUGAAUAAUCCUAUCUUGUUCACUAUUGUUUAACCAAUUUCCUUCAAUUUCUCCUUGAUAAUCUGCAUCAGUUCCUCCUCCCAUGACAUGAGCACUUUGUAAGGCCAAGCUCCAGUGAGCAGUUAUGGAACCAAAGUGUCCUGGAGGAAUCUGGAUUCCUGUUCCUGUACUGUUAACUCUCAUUUGCUUCUGAUUUAUCCUAACUCAUUCCAAUGCAUGAAGGUCCAGCCCUGCAGCCUCUGGGCUGGCCCUGCCAGGGCCAUCACAGCCAGAACAAUUUCCCAGGCAGUCCAAGUCUCACUGUCCAUGGCUCAGGGGCUCCCUGGGCAGGCUCAGGGGCUGCCCCCGGGGAGCGCGGGGCUGGGCGCGGGGGCGAGCGGGCAACGGACAAACGGACACGGGGACAAACGGCCCCGGAGCUUCAGUUGCUUCAGUUGCAGCGGCAGCAGCGGCAGCAGAAGCAAAAGCAGCGAAAGCAGCGACUUUGUGGAGUCCCUCUUGCUCCUCCUCUCCCUCUCCCGCUGUCCCGCAGCCUCUCCCGCUCUCCCGUUCCCGCUGUCCCCUCCUCUCCCGGUCUCUCUCUCCCCAUGCCCGGCCGGGCCAUGCCCCCGGCCCGUCCCCGGCCCCGGGCGGGGCUGUCCCGGCCCCGGCCCCGUUCCCGUUCCCGUCCCCGGCCGUCCCGCCGCGGUCUCGCCUCCGCCCGGCUCUGGCCGUGCUGGCGCUGGCGCUGAUGGGCGGGCAUCGCCGCCCUUUGGCUCCGCCUGGCCCGAGCCCGGCCCCGGCCCCGACGUGGGCUCCAGUCCCGGCCCCGGCCCCGGCUCCUCCCGGGCCCCGCGGAGGACACAGGCGGCGCGGCCGCUGCCGCCGCCUCCGCUGCGGCUUCCCCGGCCCGAGCUCCGCCGCUCGGCAGCGCGGCCGCCGGCCCCGAGCCGCCGCUGUCCCGUUGCCAGCAGAGAACGCCUGGGGAUGGCCGGCCCGGGGCGCUCGGGGGGCGCUCGGGGGCCGCUCCUGGCCCCGGGCCGAGCGCUGACAGCCGCGUCCCGCCCGCAGGGAAGGCGCAGGAGGCCCUGCAGGAGCGGUACCGGCUGGAUUCGCUGCUGGGCAGCGGCGGCUUCGGCAGCGUCUUCGCGGCCACGCGGCUCUCGGACGGCGCCCCGGUGGCCAUCAAAAGGGUGCCGUGGGAUCGCAUCCGGCACUGGGGCGAGCUGCCCGACGGCACCAGCGCACCCCUGGAGAUCGUGCUGCUGGCCAAGGUGGCCUCUGGCUGCGCUGGUAUCAUUCAGCUCCUGGAGUGGCUCGAGCUCCCCGACAGCUUCUUGCUGGUGCUGGAGCGCCCGGAGCGGUGCCAGGACCUGUCGGGUUUCCUGGCGGAGCGGAGGUUCCUGCCGGAGGAGGAGGCGCGGGGGCCGUUCCGCCAGGUGCUGGAGGCCGUGCGGCACUGCACCAGCUGCGGGGUCCUGCACAGGGACAUCAAGCCCCAGAACAUCCUGCUCGACCUGGCCACCGGGCGGGUGAAACUGAUCGACUUUGGCUGUGGCGCCUUCCUCCAAGACACAGCCUACACCCAGUUUGCAGGAACCCUGUCCUACAGCCCACCAGAGUGGAUCCACCCCCAUCGCUACCACGGCGAGGCAGCGACCAUCUGGACCCUGGGCCUCCUGCUGUGCCACCUGGUCAUGGGCAAGCACCCGUUCAGGAGGGGCCAGGAGAUCAUCUGGGGGCGGAUCUUGUUCCCACGACGGCUGUCUCAAGAGUGCCAGGAUGUCAUUAAGAGGUGUUUGUCCAUGCAGCCCUUGGACAGACCAUCCUUAGAAGAGCUUUUCCGCGAUCCUUGGGUGCAGGGUGUUCCUUUGCCCUAGAGGAUGGGAGAGAUCCAGGUGCACAGUUGGAUCCAGGGGCCUGGCAGGUAACAGCUCCACACAUCUCUUGGCAAUCAGUGGCAAAGCCAACCAGACAGGUUUUGUGCUGCCUGUAGCUCUGAGCAGGGGUCAGCAGAAGGGAACACGCAGCUCUUGGGCUGGAGCUGAGCUGGGGACCUGGUGUGGCAAGCACUGGUGGCCACCAUCCCCCGGGUUUUGCUUGUCCUGGUUCCCUGACAGCUGGGGCCCUGGGCAGAACCCUGACAGCCUGGUCUGGCCCCAGGGAAGGAGAAGGAGCCCCUGGAGAAGCUGCACCAGGUGGGGCUGCUGCUGCUGGAGACACCAAGGACAACCUCAAGGAUGACAAUUUCUUCCUCGGCCUGGCCAGCUGAAGAUGAUGGACUUCGAUUCUGGCACCUUCUCCAAAGCCAGGCUCCACAGGGAAUUUGCAGAUGAGUCCACACGCAGGGGGAUGCUCCCAGAUUUUGGGCAUUGCUCAGCCUGGCUGGGAGCCAAAGGUUCCCCCUUUGCUGGGGCAGAUGCAGCUGAUCCUUCAGUCGGCUGCCAGGCUGCUUUUGGCAGGGCUGGGGGCAUGGGCUGGGGUGGGUACGAAAUGGGAGUGGGCUCCUGGCCCUGCCAACAGCCCCCAGCACCCACCAUGCCCCGGGCUGGGGCUGGGGCUGGGGCAGCCAGCCCGACACAAACCAACCCCCAUGGUGGGAGCAGAGGUGGGACUCCAGAACCUGUGCAGGGGCUGCUUUGCUUUGCAGGCAAGGAAGGGCUUGGGCUGCUCCACUGCCCUUGUUUGCUUUGGGAUCACCGUUAUUUUGGGGGCAGUGCAGGGGGAAGGGAGAAAGCCUGGGCUUCCCUCAUCUGUAGGUGCGUUUUUCCCCGUCAUGCAGGGGUUGGGCCUUCCUCAAGGCCCUGACAGAGAUAAGAUUUUUGACCUUUUUUCUUGUUCCCCUUUUUGUCUGUAAUCUAUUCUCCAUCAUUUGUUUGUUUUUCUAGAGGAAGCGUUCCAGGUGGGGUCCAGACUGGAUCAGGAAGUGCUUGGGAGCAGCUGUGGCGUGGAUGGGCCGUGCCCUUGGAGAAGGCUGAGGACAUAGUUUGGGACCAGCUUUUCUUCCAGCGGUGGAUGGCGUCAGCCGGGCUCUGCGGGUGCUGAGGCUGCUCUGGGCUCUGCCAGGGCUCUGCUGGAGCUCAGCACCGGGCCAGAAUCAGCCAAAGAAGAAAUGGUGUGACCUGCAGCACUGCCUUGCUUGAGCAUUUCAGCAACACAGCUCAAGUUUGCAGAGUGUACGCCUCCCAGGGAAAACAUGCCACCACCCAAAAAAUAAACUUGUUCAAUAGCUUCUGAAAUGAAA